UUCAACAACAGAUUCAUACUUGCUGAAAAAACAGAGGAAAAGGAGCUCCUUUUCUCUCUAUCUCUCUCAGGGAAAAUGGGUAGCAAGAUGUUGUUUAGUUUGACAAGUCCUCGACUUUUCUCCGCCGUUUCUCGCAAACCCACCUCUUCUUUCUCUCCGUCGUCGUCGAGGACUCAGUGGGCUCAGCUCACCCCUGCAAAAUCGAUUUCUUUGAGAAGAAGAGUCUUCUUAUUGCCUGCUAAAGCCACAACAGAACAAUCAGGGGGAGGAGACAACGUCGAUAGCAAUGUUUUGCCUUAUUGUAGCAUCAACAGGGCUGAGAAGAAAACAAUUGGUGAAAUGGAACAAGAGUUUCUCCAAGCGAUGCAAUCUUUCUAUUACGAUGGCAAAGCAAUCAUGUCUAAUGAAGAGUUUGAUAAUCUUAAAGACGAGUUAAUGUGGGAAGGAAGCAGUGUUGUGAUGCUAAGUUCUGAUGAACAAAGGUUCUUGGAAGCUUCGAUGGCUUAUGUUUCUGGAAAUCCAAUCUUGAAUGAUGAAGAAUAUGAUAAGCUCAAACUGAAACUAAAGAUUGAUGGCAGCGAAAUUGUGUGUGAGGGUCCAAGAUGCAGUCUCCGUAGUAAAAAGGUGUAUAGUGAUCUCGCUGUAGAUUAUUUCAAAAUGUUACUGUUGAAUGUUCCAGCAACCGUUGUUGCUCUCGGACUAUUUUUCUUCCUCGACGACAUUACAGGUUUUGAGAUCACAUACAUCUUGGAGCUUCCGGAACCAUACAGUUUCAUAUUCACGUGGUUCGCUGCCGUGCCUGUGAUUGUAUAUCUGGCUUUAUCAAUCACCAAACUGAUCAUCAAAGACUUCUUGAUCUUGAAGGGUCCUUGUCCGAAUUGUGGAACGGAAAACACCUCCUUCUUUGGAACAAUUCUGUCAAUCUCCAGUGGUGGCAAAACCAACGCUGUCAAAUGCACCAACUGUGGAACCGCGAUGGUGUAUGACUCGGGUUCUCGGUUGAUCACAUUGCCAGAAGGAAGCCAAGCUUGAACCCUGUGAGCUAGAUGAAGAUGGAAAAAGAAGAAUGGGUUUUGUCAGAAGCAAAAUAGAUUCGAAGUUAAUGUAUAUGUAAGAUCUUCCAUGUUAGCUCUCUCUCCUUCACAUGUUUUCUAAUUUGUAAGUAUUGUGUAAACAAUAAGAGAUAUAUUAUAUGAGACUUCAUCUACCUUUUGUAAAUAUGAAAGACCAAAUCCGAAAACUUAAAAACCGAAUCAGAUUUAUCCGAAAAUAAAACCUUUACUAAAUAAAUUGUACAAUAAUAA